CUAGAAGCAGUAGGCGGUGCAAGGGCUUUAGUUAGUAGUAUGAUGGAGCGUCAACAGUGCAAAGACCCACCCAUCACUCUCGUUCGAAUAAUAGCGUCUGAUUCUUCUCUUUAUAGUUAUCGUUUUCCCUUCUUGUGGGCCAUUUCUUUAUGCGCAAAGAUAUUGGGCAAGUUCGAAAUGGCACAGAAUAGGAAGGAACGAAGUGACUCCGAUUAG